AUGUCGACAACCACCACUACAACGACUACAUCCUCCAAUCCCACCAUCAGAGCACAAGAGAUAGAAAUACCUCGAGGACCAGUGACCUCAACUCUAAUCUUCUACGCUCCUCCUGCCGACAACUCCGCCCCUUGGAAUUACGUAGAGCAACCACCACCCGGCCUCCCACAAAGAAACUACACCGAACACCCCUCUACCGUCCACAUAAACGACAUCCGCGGCCAAGAAACCUCCUUUCAACUAAAUACCCACGGCUUCACCACCGCCUCCAACAUCCCUUCCUCUUGCGACGACUUCACCUCCGACGAUCAAAUCAAAAGCAUCUACUAUCCAGAAGUGGAAUCACUGAUCUUGGAUAAAGUGCCUGGAGCUAAGAGGGUGUUUCUCUUCGAUCACACGGUGCGCAGAGCAGAUGUAAAUGCAAAACGACAACCAGUACACAGAGCUCACGUGGAUCAAACCGAAAAAGCAGCUCUCCAACGUGUGCGCCACCACCUUCCCUCUGAAGCUACCACCCUACUGCAAUCACGCAUUCGCAUCAUCAACAUCUGGCGCCCCUUGAACGGUCCCGUUGUUUCUUUACCGCUAGCCGUUGCUGACAGCAGAAGUGUAAAGGAUGAGGAUAUCGUGGGUGUAGAACACAGGUAUCCUGAUAGAACUGGAGAGACUGCGGGGAUCAAAAGUGCAGAGCAUCAGGAAUGGUGGUAUUGGAGUGGGAUGGGGAAUGAGGAGAGAUUGUUCUUGCAGUGUUAUGAUAGUCAUGGCAAUAAGGCUAGGACACCUCAUACGGCGUUCACGGAUCCGAGGACUCGAAAGGAUUGGCCUGGACGCGAGAGUAUUGAGGUUAGAGCGUUGGUGUUUGGGUAG